AUGUCAGUUGAAGGAGCGUUGGCCCUGACUGGCGUGGUGCUCGCAGUGCCAGGUAUCAUUGACCUCUGCAUUAAAUAUGGCUCCUUUCUCCAGGAAAAAUACACCCUGUAUCAGAGGAUGGAUGCUGACAUGAAGCUCUUCAAUCUCAUCAGCAACUUAGUCAAUGGAGAGAUGAACGACGUGUUGAUGUUCUUCAAAUCGGUCGACGACAAGCUGUCACCCGACCUUCAGGGACAGAUAAAAAAUCUGCUGAUUCAAUUACUUGCCGAGCUCGAUGCUUUGAAGGGGUUGAUCACCAAGGACCCGGGAAUACGUCAGCGACUCGGAUAUUCUGCGCGUAAGGCUCAGCAAAUCCAAAAGAAGUGCUUCAGUCUUGAGGAGUGGCAUGUGAGAUUCUUACGCAGAGCGACUGUUCUCAUGCUCUUCGGCAACUUCUCCCCGGCUACCGAUAGCAAAAUGGUCGAAGCGGCCACGUCAAGGGCCAUGGCUAGAAUUCAACGUAUUCGUGGAGCUAUCAUGGGUCCAGAUCCGGACAAAGUCAUCCUUGGACAGCUUCCGAACGGAGCCAGAUUGCACCAGACUUCAACCUCCAGUGCCAUGCUUCUCGUUAACAACGAUGGUAGCCACUCGAUAGCAGAGAUCAGAGGAUAUGGAAGCGCCUCAGAUGUUGACAAGAAGAAUGCCGCGUUCGAGGUCAUAAAAGCCCUAGCAUUAAGAUUAGCAUGGGCUAAUCCCAAGACGAUGGGUAUGCUGAGGUCUGAUGGCUUUUACGAUGACACGCAUUACCACCGCUUUAUUUUACAGUUCCCAUAUCCAGACGGCAUGAAGAAUCCGAGAACUUUGCAAAAUCUGCUGACCGAUACCGAACACCCGAAAGACUUGGUGCAUUCACUCACUGAUAGAGUCAACCUGGCCAAGAAGGUUACCUCCGGUCUUCUCUUCGUACAUGCCGCUGGCUUCCUGCACAAGAAGGUCAAUCCGACCAGCAUUGUUGUCUUUGAACGCAAGGACGAGAAAUACCCUGACCACCUCGGGGAGCCAUUUCUGGUCGGGUAUGAUUCGAUCCGUAAAGUCGACCACGCAUCCGCGCGACUGAAAGUCGAGGACUGGAAAGAGAACAUCUAUCUCCACCCAGUCCGACAUCGACUUCAGCCCGGUGACGAGUUCACCGCGCUGCACGACAUAUACAGCCUUGGGGUCGUUCUGCUCGAGAUCGCUUGCUGGAGUUCCUUCGCCGACCGCAAGGGCAUCGGAAAGCAUCUGUGGAUCUCCGAGACGGCGAAGAGAGACGGCGAGGAUGUUGUUGUCAGUCGUCCGCUGACGCCCGACAAGCUGAAGGAACAGUAUCUCCGUCUCGCAAAGAAGAGAAUCCCUCCGGUGCUGGGGACCCGUUAUUGCGAGGUCGUGGUUUCUUGUCUUGAAGGACUGCCUGACGAAGAUGGCACUCUUCCGCCCUCCAUCGCAACGUCCGACUCGUCAUACAUCCAACAGGUCAUUGGAAAGCUGGAGGAGAUUUACGUCUAG